GAUCGGGAAAGAGCCCGGUAGAGUCGCGGACGUGCGAUUUGACUGGUUAACGUGAGAGGGAGGAGGAGACGAACCACAAUGUCCAGUAGUGUGCUGUGUGGUCGAGGCAGGUUGGUUCUGUCUAAGACUGCCGGCCAUCAAGCAUUAGCUGCCCUCCGGGUCGGCAGAACCAGAACCUUCUCUGCUGCAAGCUCAGAUGAGCCUUACGUGGCUGUAUCACACACAGACUCAGGCCACAGGACCGUGUGGCCUGACGAGAACAUGGGACCAUUCGGACCUCAAGACCAGCGCUUUCAGUUACCGGGUAACGCCGGGUUCGACUGCCACCUGGAGGGCAUGGAGGACCAGAAGAAGACUCCGGUCCACAGGACGGUGCCGGAUGUACUGACGGCCCCGAGCUGCACAGAGAGGCACCAGUUCAUACUGGCCCAGUUUGUUAAUGAGUUCCAAGGAAACCUCGGUACCAUAGACACGAGAGUCCGUAAAGCUGAGCAGUACUUUAAUCAGACAGAGACAGACUGCUCCAUAAAUAACUGCCCUGAGCUGCUAAGGAAAGAUCUUGAGCUCAUGUUCCCCUCGGCGCCCACCACCUCCAUCACAGUUGUGACAGUCACACAGAGUAACGGUCGGUGUGAGGAGGCAGCAGAGCAGGACAAAGACCAGCUGCUGCGCAAAUUCGUGAGCGGAGCGAAGGAAAUGUGCUUCGCUCUGUGGACUGCAGGCUACUGGGCCGACUUCAUCGACCCCACAACAGGAGCAGCUUUCUUUGCAUCUCCAUCAAGUCAAGCCAAACUGCGGACGGAGGAGGAAGUAAGAGAUUUGGGCUUCCACAUCGAAGUGUCGGGCUCCUGCACAGUCAUUCGCCACAUCCUGAGAGGAACGCCUCAGUUUAUGGGGACCGUUUUCACCAACGCACCCGCUCACAGUUCUGCCAUCGCGAGACUACAAGGACUUUCAAAUGUGUUCGCUGAUGAGGAAUAGGCUUUUUAAAAAUAUAUAUUUUUCCCAGAGCGAAAUCCAAGCAAGGCGUUUUUAUUUAUGGUUUGAAGGAGCUUGGGUCUCGUUAGUGUUGGUACAUGGUCGCAUCAGUGAAAGGUUGUGCAAAGUUUGUCGUACUGUAACAAGGACUUGACUGAGACUCUGAAAUAGACUUUGCUGCUGGUCAACCCGGCUAACCCUGCACUACAUCAGGGAGAAACACAAACUCGGAGGCCUUUCAACAUGUAACAUCUGCCGUUUGAAGAGUUAGUAGCCGAUGUUGUUCCUUCAGAUGACAUCAUCUGUGUUUUAGGAUAAUAGAGCCAUGGAUUUGAAAUGGAAACGCAGAUAUCAGGUCAAAAACUUUUCAAACGAACCUGUACAAUGUUGUUUUGUUUCCUCUUAUCUGUUGCACUGUGUGUGUGUGUGUGUGCGUGCGUGCGUGCGUGCGUGCGUGCGUGCGUGUGUGUACUGUUUUGAUUUGAAUCACGACAGUUGUGACCGUCAGAACUGCUGAGCCAAUAAAGUGACUUCUCGUCAGGCUGCAGUGACACUGUUUCCUGUAGCGGUGAGUGUGUGCUCCUUCCCAGAAGUGUUUCCCAAAUGUAUCAACCCAUUCUAGUACAUGGAGAACUGAAUUAUCCAGAUUCAUAUUUAAGUUUUCAUAAUUAAGAGUUGCCUAUACUUAUACAUGAUAAAAUAUACAACAAAAUAACAGUUUGUAGAAUAAAGAGACAUUCAUGCAGUGGGG